AUGUGUGUUCAAGAACCAUCUUCUCCUUCUUCACCCGAACUAACUAACUCCGAACCUGUUAACUCCGAACCUCUCAACUCCGAACCUGUUAACUCCGAACCUCUCAACUCCGAACCUGUUAACUCCGAACCUCUCAACUCCGAACCUGUUAACUCCGAACCUCUCAACUCCGAAGCUCAACCACCACCCGAAUCUGCUUCCGAGUCUCGCAAAAGAGCAAUGCAAGAACACAACUCUCCCGAACCAAAUCCCAAACCGAAACUUCACGGUGCUUUUUCUAGUUCUACUCCACGACAACCACCACCGCCACCACCGCCGUCGACGAACACUGAAGAAUUCACAGACCCUUUCGUGGAGGAUAUGUUCAAGAAUCUCCCGAUGCCGUUGGAAGAACUCAACCGUCAAAAUCCGUCUCGCUCCACUCUUCCACCACCGCCGCCAAUCAGUGAGGAUUUCGAGUUUCUUCCGGCGAGUAUUUUCGAUGAUGAACCGGAACCGCUGAACAUGAUCUAUCCUCUUCAUGAGGGAAACUAUCCGAUUCUUGAACCUGGUAGCAAAGGCUGGACUCCUCUAUAUGCGAGCAACAUUGAUGAAAGAAUCUCCUCUCGCGCGGAUCCUAUCGAUACCGAUGAAGCUAUGUAUGCAGAUUACGUUAAUCCUCGGGAUUUUACUGAACCGAAUCUUCACCGCCAUAAAGUUUCUGCCGUCGUCUCUCCUUCCAUCAGUUACGUUUCCGUUAAUCAUGACGGUUAUGCUGACGUUCCAAUUCCGACACAUCGAUCAAGACUUGUGGGAGCUGGAAUUGCGAAUCUGAGAAAUACUUGUUUUAUGGCUGCGAUUCUUCAGUGCUUAACACAUACACGGCAAUUAUUUUUCGGUCUUCGUUAUUGCUUACAUGAUACUUCACGUCAUGAUGAGAGUGGUUUCUGCGCUAUUUGUGCUUUCCGUGACCACAAUGACCAAGCGUUAGAAGAAUCUCGAAACACAAUUUAUCCAACCGCGUUUCUUCAAAAUGUGAACAAAUUUUCAACUACUUUUGUACCGCAUGCCCAAGAGGACGCUCACGAGUUUUUGUUCUGCGCCUUGAAUAAACUUAAAAAUGCCUAUCCAGAACAAGGUCUAAAAAACAAUCUAAUUGAACAAAUAUUUGGAGGCGAAACUCUUAGCAAACUUCGAUGUCGCAGCUGUGGUUUCUCUUCUGAUACCGUUGAUCCAACAUUUGACUUGGGUUUAGUGGUAGAAGACAUGGAAACUGUUCAAAGGGCUCUGGAUGCUUAUAUCAUGGUAGAAAAUAUGGAUGGGACUUUUAAUUGUAGUGGCUGCAACCAAGAAGUAUACAUGGAGAAACAGCUUUUGAUUGAUACGGCACCAGAAGUUGCAGUACUACAUUUGAAAAGGUUUAAAAAGGACAGAACCUCUUAUGGAAAGAUUGAAGAUCAUGUUUAUUUCACUAUGGAGUUGGAUUUGGAGCCUUAUACCUCUGCUAAAGGCAAGGAAAGUCCAAACUUGAAGUAUGAUCUAUAUGCGGUUGUUGUGCAUAGCGGAUCCACAGCUAAUUCAGGGCAUUACUUUAGCUAUGUGCGUUCUGAUGAAAAAGCAUGGCAUUUGAUGGAUGACUCUAAGGUUUUUAGUGUUUCUGAAGAACAUGUCCUGGCUCAACAGGCAUACUUGCUGUUUUAUGCAAAGCAAGGUACAGGCUGGUUCUCUAGUAUUGUGAAAGAUGAAGAGAGAGUUUUGAAAUCAAAAUCCAUAGACAACACACAGGAUUUUGGUUGUAGCCAAAUGGAUCAUUAUAUUUUGUCGGAAGAAACUGAUUACAACACACAGGAUUUUGGUUGUAGCAAAAUGGAUCAUUGUAUUUUGUCGGAAGCACCUGAUUACAAGACACGGGAUUUUGGUUGUAGAGAUAUGGAUUUUGGUUGUAAAGAUAUGGAUUGUUAUAUUUUGUCAGAAGCAACAGAUAAUGAUUCGCCAUAUGUAAAUGAUGACGAUUUGAUGCGGGCAAAUGAUUGCGAUUCAACGCAUGGAAUUGAUACUGAUUCGCCCAAUGGAAAAGAGAAGACUGCGAGUGACAUGGAAGAAGAAGAAUGUGAUUCGGCGGGUGUAAAUGAUAAGGAUUCCAAGGAUGCAAAUGAGAAGUCUGUGAGUGGCAUGGAUGGAGAAGAAUGUGAUUUGGCGGAUGUAAAUGAUGAUAAGGAUUCCAAGGAUGCAAAUGAGAAGUCUGUGAGUGGCAUGGAUGGAGAAGAAUGUGAUUUGGCGGAUGUAAAUGAUGAUAAGGAUUCCAAGCAUGCAAAUGAUGAUAAGGAUUCCAAGCAUGCAAAUGAUGAUGAGGAUUCCAAGGAUGCAAAUGAGAAGUCUUUGAGUGGCACGGAUGGAGAAGAAUGUGAUUUGGCAGAUGCAAAUGAUGAUAAGGAUUCCAAGGAUGCAAAUGAUGAUAAGGAUUCCAAGGAUGCAAAUGAUGAUAAGGAUUCCAAGAAUGCAAAUGAGAAGUCUAUGAGUGGCACGGAUGGAGAAGAAUGUGAUUUGGCAGAUGCAAAUGAUGAUAAGGAUUCCAAGGAUGCAAAUGAUGAUAAGGAUUCCAAGGAUGCAAAUGAUGAUAAGGAUUCCAAGAAUGCAAAUGAGAAGUCUAUGAGUGGCACGGAUGGAGAAGAAUGUGAUUUGGCGGAUGCAAAUGAUGAUAAUGUUUCCAAGGAAUGCAAAUGA